UUUGCUUCUUCGUCUUCUAUUUCUUUCGGAACGAUAAAACAUAAAAUGACUGCUGACGUCCCGUUCGAGAUUACCCUUACCGCUGCCCCGGCUACUGCCCCUGCUGAUACCAAGGUGCACUCGGCGAUCACCACUCCCGAGGAGCGCUUCCUGAGCGCUGUCGGUGUCUACGUGCAGCACUACCGUAGCCACCUCUCCAAGAGCGCGGAUGGCUCGCUGGAUGACCACCUGAAGGCACACGCCGAGCAUGCGGCGGCUGCUGCUGCCAACACCGCCUCGGCGGACCUCGACGACGAGGACGACGAGGAGGAGACCGAGGAGAUGCUCGAGAUGGACCCCAAGGACUGGAAGGAGCAGGAUCACUACGCGGUUCUCGGACUCUCGAAGCUGCGCUACCGUGCGACCCUUGAUGAUAUCAUCAAGGGCCACCGCCGCAAGGUGCUGCGCCACCACCCUGACAAGAAGGCUGCUCAGGGCAAUGCCAACGAUGACGGCUUCUUCAAGUGCAUCCAGAAGGCGUUUGAGAUCCUGACUGAUCCGAUCAAGCGCCGCCAGUUCGACUCGGUCGACCCUGAGGUGUCCACGGAGAUUCCCAAUGCCAAGGCCAAGGGCGACUUCUUCGAGAUCUACGGCCCCGUGUUUGAGCGCGAGGGACAGUUCUCCAACAAGCAGCCGGUGCCGCAGCUCGGUGCUAUGGAUACGGAGCGUGCCGAGGUCGAGUCGUUCUACGAGUUCUGGUAUGCCUUUGACUCGUGGCGCUCGUUCGAGUACCUCGACAAGGAGGACGUCGAUGGUGGAGGCAACCGCGAUGACAAGCGCUGGAUCGAGGGCAAGAACCGCAAGGAGCGCGCCCAGCACAAGAAGGAGGACAACCACCGCAUCCGCACCCUUGUCGACCAGGCGCUGAAGUGCGAUCCGCGCAUGGCCAAGUUCAAGGAGGAGGACAAGACGAAGCGCAACGCCAAGAAGAACGCGCGCAUGGAGGAGGAGCGCAAGGCGGCUGAGACCAAGAAGGCUGCCGAGGAGGCUGCCAAGAAGGCGGCUGAGGCUGAGGCGGCCAACGCCGAGGAGCUCAAGAAGCAGCGCCAGGCGGCCCACAAGCAGCUCAAGAAGGAGCAGCGCGCGCUCAAGGUUCUGUUCAAGAACAGCGCGUACUUUGUCGCUGCCGGCGCGACCCCGUCGGCUGCCGAGAUCGGUGCUGCCUCCGAGAAGCUCGACAAGAUCAUUGCCGGCAUCCACGAUCUGGACGCCCUGGUUGCUGCUCGCACCGGCAUUGAGGCUGCCCACGCUGCCGGUAACGGCAUGGCCAAGGUCGACGAGAUCAUUGCUGCCCUCUAAAUUUCAUGCCAUUUUUGGUUGCUGGUGAAUAACGAAAAUAGAUUGGAAUGCUU